GUACAGUUCACGGGCUCAAGUAGAAAUGUAAAUUCUCAAAAUGGAGAAAUAUAAAAUAAAGUGAAAUAUUGGAAUGAUUCUUGGCUGUUAGAGAUGGAUAUUUGAAUAAGUUUAUUUGAAUAUGCUGAUAUUAAUAUGGCCCAGAAAUCAGCCAAGGUACCUGGUUUAACGAGGCCAUUUUGUUUUGAGUUUGUUGAUGAAGAUAGGUCAUGCCAAUUUCAAGCGAAUGUGGUUAUUCCUGCUGAUAUUUCGAAAGUGGAUGAAUUUGCAAAGAGAAUUGUGAAUUAUCAUAGUCUGCCUGUGUACCUGGAAGAAGGUAAUUUUACUAAUUUAUCUAAUUAAGUGGAUCUGGGCCCUUGAUUCCGUAUCAGACUGAAAAGUUUUAUUUUGAGCAGGAAAUAUAAUUUUUUCCUUCUGUUCAGGUCUAGUCUUAUUAUCCUGCAGGCAUGAAGUGUUUUUGUCAAAUAGCAAGAUCGGAAAUAGUCUUGGUUAUUGGUUCACAAAGGCAUUUUGUGCAAAUUAUUCAGAAAUUAUUUUAGAGCUGCAAAUUAAUGCUCCGGCCGAUUAAUAGGCAAUUCCAGCUUUUAGUUUAUGCCUGCAGGGGAUGAUGGGAAGUAAGGUAUCACAUUGCAUAUUAUGUUGAAAAAUUUCAAUAAAAACUACCGAAACAACCGAAAUAUUUCAAUAUUUACAAGUAUAAGCUAUCAUUCCGUGUUUACACGGCAACCAUUUUUAUUUUUUCAGCAUAAUCAGCAGUGUGACACCUUACUUCCCAUUCCACUAAAAGCUGGAAUUGCCUAUUGAUUAUUUUCCCACAAUCAAUUAUGUUUAACAGUAAUCAGAUCAUUUAUAACACCACACAGCAUGAUGCGGGAGUGAAGGUAAUUUCGUUUCGGAUUAAAAAAAUUGCGAGAAGAUUAUGAUUAAAAUAUUAAUUAAAUGACAAACAUUGUGGGUCAAAUAUCAAAUUCACUCGUAGCGUGCAAAGUUUACCAUUGUCUGAUUGGGUGUACAGUGCUGCGAAAAUAUCGAACCUGUGGCCCUGCAGUUAAGGUGGUGAGGGUAGUUAGAGUUCAACAACUGGACUCUGUAGCUCAGUUGGUUAGAAUCACAGGGCCGCAGGUUCGAUGCCUACCUGUAGUAGCAUUUUUCACAACUUUUCCUGCUUGUUAGGAUUGCAUCUAUUUCUCUGUGAUACAAAAAGUUUAAACAACAACAACAAAGGUAUAUAUUAUUAGGGGUGCACCGGAACUUGGUUCCAGCUGGAACCCUGAUUUUCCAGAGUUCCGGUUACGGCCGGAACUAAUAAAAAUAGCAUGGUCGGAACCGGAACUCCACAUGUUAUUUUCAGAGAGAUAGAAUAUCAAACAUUUUUGUGUGUAACAAUGAAAGUUCACAGUAGGAAGACAUUUGGACUCCACAACGAAAAUAUACACCAUUAACACUUCGUUAUGACAUUUACUGUAAUGUUUGUCGAUCUUUUUAUUAAGCUCUCUCCUUGAUGAUUUCAAGUGUCUGCCUGUCUGUCAGCAGACAAAAUAACAUAUGAUUAUAUAUGGCUUAAUAAAUCAGUUCCGGCCGAAACUUUUUUCCAGUUCCGGUCAGAUCCACAAGCAGAUCACAAGGACAUACAUGCAUGUAUAUACCACAUGACUUCAUAACAUGCCUAUAUUAGCAUAAUAUGUAAACACAUAUAAUUAUAUAUUCUUAACAAUGCUCAGGUCCAAUAAAUGUAUAUAAAGGCUAGUUUCCACUCAAGAAAAUUAUCUGUGAAUUAGAAUGGACAAGAAAAUUUUUCUUUGUGUUAAAGUCAUUAGUUCCAACCCAGAGCUCACCCAGAGCAACAAAGAAAAACUUUCUUGUCCGUUCCAAUCCACAGAUAAUUUUCCUGAGUGGAAACUAGCCUUAAAUUUCCACUGGAUCACUUCCAUCUACAAGACCCUUCAACAAUCCUUCAAUAUUUAUAUUCAAUCAAGUGAGAUGCCAACACAAUCCUAGCAUGCGAGCAGGCUCUCUAACGAAAUCCUGGUAACAACCACAAUGUUUAAUAUUUACCAUCAAUGAUACUUUAUUUUUUCCAUGUGUACAGGAAAAUGCCAUUAAUUGUAAACAUUAAAUUAAACAUGGUUUUUACCAGUUUACCAUACGGGAAACCUAUAAUAACCAAUAAUGGUAAGAGUUCAGUUUUUACAUUGAUAGUAUACAUGGUAAAUCUUUAAAAACCAUCAACAUUUUCAACAUUGUGUUUUUUAUGAAAAUUUUCACAGUGAAUAUGCAGUCACCAAUUCUAUUGUAGGCUUUUAUGAAUGAAUUAUGCUUCUAAUAGCCAGUAUACAGUGUAACUGAGCCUUGCUGAUACUUCUCUAACCCUGCAAUGCUUCCCAGAAAUGAGUAGUACAUCCUAAUUGGUCAUUGCUAAACUAAUUAGUAUGUUCUGAUUGGUUGGGCUGAAAGGUCAACAAAGUUUCAACCUUAGAUUGCCUUGCUUGUAUCAUGCUCCUCCCCUGAUAUGGUUUUGCACCUCCCCUGAGAAUUUUCGCAGCUUUCCUGAAACGUGAUGCACCUCCCCUUGGGAAAGUUUCAUUGAUAGAUUAAAGUGAAUAUUUGAAAUUUUUUGGUUGCUUAGGGUCAACACUUUGUAAGAAAGUAUUUUUUCUGUAAAAUUGAAACAGUGAUAGCCAUUCAUCUCUGUGUCAAGUACACUUUUAACAGGGAUGGAUUUACUGGGGUGUUCAGCCUAGCCCUGGCCAGAAGGGGUGCAGGGGGGUGCUAUUUUUCAUGAUAAAGCAAAAAAUUAUUAGAGACAAGAUGAGAUACUGAAUAACAGUAAUUUGAGUGAUAACAUGAUGAUAAGCGAACUGUGAAUUAACAAAUAUAAAACAUUUUCCGUGUUGAUAUACAGUUAUAUCAACACGAGUGGAAAUUGGGAAAACGAGAAAUUGUGUGGAAACACAACGCCCGAAGGGCGGAGUGUUUUCACACAAUUUUGAGUUUUCCCAACUUCCACGAGUGUUGAUAUAACUAUAUAUCAAUACGGAAAAAAUGUUUUAUAUUCGUUUUAUAAUAUAGCAAUGUCAAAAGCCCGAAGAAUAAGAAAAAUUUCCGUGUUACAAGCGGCGGAAAAUUUCCCGUGUUGACAUGGAGUUAUAUCAACACGGCUCUUAGCCAAUCAGCGUUCAGAAUUUACAAAUGCUAUAUUAUUAUAACAACAAUUACAAUUCAAAUACUGUAGUCAAGCAAAACUUUGCAGUAGUGAAGCUGACUUGUCCCCAGUCGUCUCUGCAGUGAGCACGCGCAAGCAUGGAAAGCACGCGCAGGGGGAAGCAAGUUGAUGGGCGGGCGGCACACAUGACCGACACAACUCGGCACCAGAGCUGGCAGAGUACCCCCCUACCAGAUCAUGCUGGAUCCAUCCCUGCCUUUUAAUGCAAUAUUUUGAAAGAAACUUUGUAGUAAUUGUAAUGAAGGAUGAGUUGUACAGUCAUAAUUGAUUAAUUAAUACACUGAUCAGUAAUUAUGUACACUACAUGCAUAUGUCAUUGACUUUGGCCCAUUCUAAGCCCUUGCUUUCCAUGGGGAUUGUCAGCUAGACUGCUGCACCUCCCCUAAAUAUUUUUCCAUUUCUCCUACUAAUUCCACCAAUAUCUGGUCUUGCCUACAAUUGCUGUUAUUUUCAACCGUUUCUUUUUACAUUAAAUAUGCUCAAUUAGAUAUCAUAUAACCCAUUAUUGUCUGGUGUUAGACAGAGUAAAAUUAUAAUAAUGUUGGAUGCCUUUGGGUGCAUUGCAGCUGAAUUGGUUGAUCUGCAAGAUAAUAGGUCCCUGUCUGGAAUGCUUUUCUAUUGAAACUUUAAUUGUGUAAAUCUUAACAAAAGAUACUAAGAAAAUAUUAUUUCCACCAAGGUUCAAAGUUUUUUGGUAGCUGACCAAUCAAAAUGUUCUACUUGCGGACCUGCGACUAGAUUAAUAUUUUCAAAGCAUGAGGUGUCAUUUGCAGAUAUGACUUAGAAUGUCCAUUUAGUGUGAAAUCCAUUCCUGUCCUGAUUUGCAGCUUUGAAAAUUAUUCCAGGCUUUGAGUACAAAAUCUUUUUAACCUUUAAAUAACCCUUAAGUGGCAAUGCACCCUGAUUUAGUAUUUCACUCUGUCUAACGCCAGACAAUUUUACUCAUCAAGUGGAGAGUGCUGCCACUCAAUGGGUUAAUAUGUAGUUUGUUACUUUGUUUACUCUUAGAUUUGCUGAAUGCUCUUCAAGUUUUCAUGAGAAAGGAAAAUGAGGCAUAUUAUAAUGAUCUAGCAGAUGAAAUUCUAGAAACAUAUUCACACAAUCCAGAACAAUUUGAAUCAGCAAUUGAUGCAUGGAACGAGGCUUUUACACAAGAAUGCUCGAGAUACUCGGAUGCUAAAGAAGUAAGAACUGAGGAACUAACGUUCUCUGAGAUGUAUCAUUCACUCAUUCAUUCAUCUGCCUUGGAGACAUUGCUGCAAUUGGAAAAUACUUAUGCAUUAGCUGUUCAAGAUAUGUUGGCAAAAAGAGACGCUGUUUUAAAGAAAUUAGAACAAAAGUAAGUCUCUUGUUUAAUUAAUUGAUCAACCCAUUAGUGCACAAGACUGCCCUUUGACAGUUUGACAAUUGUCUGGCCUUAACAGAGUAAAAUAAUAAAGUACCUGGCGCAUUUGGGUGAUAAUCACCUCGAGGUGAUAAUCACACACGGGCAAUAAUCACAUCGCCUUUAACAAAUAAUUGUUGAUUAUGAUAUUUGCUGUGUUGGUGUAAUGUACUCAGGUGAAUAAGAUGUUUGUGUGAUGUUACUCUGAGUGUAUAUCCACAUCGGGCAGGCUUGAAAAAUAUGCCUGGCCACAUUGAGUUUAGAUGAACAGCUGGGGUGGUUGCACCCUACCUACAGUGACACUUGUACUCAAUAAACGUAGUUGAGACGGAAUGUGUUAAAGCAGGGGCACUGAGGGACACUAUAAACUGGUUAAAGAUGGCGAAUCCAGUUUUUCUUGUGUUGUGAGAUGAAUUCCAGUCAUUUUUUCUUAAUUGUCGGGUUUCCAAAUGAAAACUAAUUUCCACACGUCAAGAAUUUGACUCAAACAACUUCAUUUUUACUGCACUGAAACUUUGGUGAGAAGAUUGAGUUUCAAAACUCAAUUCAAUUGGGGCCGUUUAACGGCCCUAAAAAAUCCCUGAAAAAAAGCCUGUUGGUGUAAUGUACUCAGGUGAAUAAGAUGCUUUUGUGAUGUUACUCUGAGUGUGUAUCCACAUCGGGCAGGCUUGAAAAAUAUGUCUGGCCACAUUGGGAUUCGAACCUACGACCUUUGGAAUACUAUACCCGACCUGACCGCGUAGCUCAGUUGGCAGAGCAUUGGAUUGGUAUUCCAAAGGUCGUAGGUUCGAAUCCCACCGUGGCCAGGCAUAUUUUUCAAGCCUGCCCGAUGUGGAUAUACACUCAGAGUAACAUCACACAAGCAUAAUUGUUAAUUAAUCGAAUUUAAAUUUUCAUGGUAACGAUGAGCCGAUAAUCAAGCGAUCAAUCGGAAACGUUUUGAUAUUUUGCAUGUAUUUCUUCAGGAAAAAACUUGUAUUUUAUUUAAUUUUAUAUUAUAAUUUUUCAUGAUUUGGCAUGCUUUGUCAAGUUGUUGAUUACUUGUUAAGAGAUCACUGAGACGCUUAAGUCAUACUACACAACGAUAAAGAUACGAUAAAUUGUAAACACGCGAUAAGUGGCAAACAAUAUUGUGUUACUGUCCACAGUACAACGACAAUGAUAAAAUUAUCGUUUGACGAUAACGUUUUUAAAAUCGUUCACCUGAGCGAUUUUUUUUUCAGUCGGACAUAACGAUAAAUUUUUGACCAAUCAGCGCGCGUAUACAAAUUAUCGUAUCGUUAUCGUUGUGUAGGUGUGACCUGGGCUUUACAGUGUGUACUAAAACUGUCUGUACCAGUGUGGGUAGUACCAUGCAAUGUGAAAUUGCUGUGCUGAGUGGUUUAUAUUACUACCUGAAAAAAAAACAAGCAGAAACUCGAUGUUUCGAGCGAAGGCCCUUCGUUCGAGCGAAGGCCUGCUAAAUCUUGACGAAGGGCCUUCGCUCGAAAUGUCGAGUUUCUGCUUGUUUUUUUUUCAGAUAGUAAUAUAACCACUCAGCACAGCUUUACAGCGUAGGCUCUCCCGAUAUCCCGCAUACUCAAUGAGUUAAAUAACCACAGAUAUCUUAUAUAAAAGGCAUCAACUAGUUCGCUGACCUCAAAAUGACAUUUCGUCAAAACUUUUUUUCUUCAAGAUUGGUUUAGAAACAAAUUUGGAGUAGGGUUAGGUUAGGGUUAGGGUUGGGAUAAGGAUUAGGGUUAGAGUUUAGAAAUGUUGGAGUAGGGUUCGUGUUAGUAAAACCGUUGCUUUGUUACGUUUUUUCACUCUGAGGCCAGCGAAAUAAUCUCUUCCUAUAUAAACUAGAUAGCGCAUCUCUUUUAGUAAAAUUGAAGCCAAGAAUAUUCCAGCGGUUACCCCCAUUUGAAUAGAUAGCGGCCAUGUUGGAGUUUCCCGCUCGCUAAUAAACGCUUAAAAAAGCAACAAUAACUUUCAUCAUUUGAAUAGUUUGAAAAUGUAUUUGGAAUAGGUUUAACUUAAUGUUUAAGUUUCCUGUUUAAGAAAUAGAAAACAUACGAGUCUUCUCAUUUCAUGGGAAUAUCCUGAGUCUGCAAUCACGGCUUCUAUUUUUGAAUUGCAGAAUAAUUAGAUGCACUAUCUAGUGUAUAUAAGAUAUAUAUGUAAAUAACUCGUAAACUCGAUUGAACACGCCAAAUAAUUAAAAAUCUAAAUUAUAGACGUCUAUAUUAUAGACAUCAACUUGUAAGUAAACUUGUCUAAAAGGUAAUUUUUCACAUUUUUUUCAGGCAAAAUGUAGAGAUGCAAGCAGCACUCUCGGAUAACCAUGAUGAGUUGGUCAAUAACCUUGCUACAAGACAUUGUGAAGACAUGCAGGUUAGAAUUUGCAUAUAAUCCAUAUAUAAUGACUUUCAGUUUUUCCUGGGAAUAUACAGGCUGAAUAUAUUUAACUCGAAAUUAUAAUUAAUUGCAAUCUGAGAGCUCGGCUACAGUUUGCCGACCUCUUGAUCGAUAAAGCACUCAUUUACUAAUGUUUCGACGCCAUAUUUAUUCCGUUUUUAGAACUAUCGUCAGAGAUACGAAGUUUCAUAUUAUUCUGACACUGCAAUAGACCAACGAAAAAUUCGUUGGCUCGAGCGGGAUUUAUGAAAUAGAAUUACCAAUCCCCGUUGACUCGAUAGCCCAAUGGGUGGAGGGGUGGAGCGGCGGUCUAGAUACCCGAAGAUGCGCGUUCAAAUCCCGCUCGAACAAACGAAUUUUUCGUUGGUGUAUUGCAAUGUCAGAAUAAAUAUGAAACUGAUAUUUAUUCCAAUUGGGUAUCUCUCCUAGCGGCCAAGUCGUGUUUAAGAAAAUCACUUUCAUGUCGUCUUCCUAUGGUUAAACUGCUGUCGAGCGAUUUUGUUUUGAGAUUUUUGACGCUGUUUGGUGAAACAAUCAACAGAUUCAUCACUGUAUAGUCGUAAUCUACAGUAUAUCAUGAGUGUGAAAGACUAGAUAUUGAGCAAUAUUGCUUGGUAUUUUGCAUCCAAUUCAGUAACUACCUGACCAAAAAUUUAUGUAAGGAAUUCCGUUCCUGCCAUGACGAAUUUUCACUGACCGCUGGCUAACAGGAAUAUGUUUUGUAGAUGAUAUCGACGCAGUGGUCGAGUGCUUUGUCUGAUCUCCAAGAAGCUCAGAAAAGAGAAUAUCAAGAGUGGGUUGCUAAAGUUCAUGAAGAUCUUGUGAGGACGUCGAGCAAAGCCAAAGGUAUAUUGUUCAAUUUCUUGUUUGUUUUUUGAUAAUUACAGUAGUCACGUAGGCAUUGAAUGGUUGGUUUGGUUUGGGUCUAAACAAACUCAAGAGGGGUCCGAGAGCAAUGCUAUCUUGGAAAAUUUUGCAAUAUAGACUCUCUGAAAUUGUAUUUCCUGCGUUCUGAGGAACAUUUGACACGCAGAAAUCUCGAUUUAACUAUAUACAUGCAACAACUGUUUAAAACCACAAUUAACUAAUCCCUUGUUCCGCCUAUGAUUGGUCGUGGUUGCCUUAUAUGAAACAUGUGUAAGAAUCACGACAGCCUAUCAAUCUGAACAUAGACAAUCGAGUGGAGUGGAUUGAAAACACCAAUGCAAAAAGCCGUCGUCAUUCGUGACAUUCGGGUAUGGGCUAUAAUAAUGAACUGUCUUUGCCAGUGUAGGUAAUGCCAAUAAAAUGAACAAGCUUUCGUUGGUGGGGAUGCAACUACCUUUGAAAGUAUAUAAUGAGAAUGUCUACAUUUCAAGCCCUGGUAUAUUCCAGACGAAGUGAACGAUCGGGAAAAUUAGUAUAAAGAUGUAAAUUAAACAUGUACAAUACUUAUGGAUUAUAAAGGCAGGAAAAUUAGACCAAUGUGUGUACAAACAUGCAUGUCAAACAAACUGCAUUUAAGGUAGCUUGCCAAUCGUUGUUAGAAGGUGUCGAUAUAGAGGUUUAAUGAUAGUAGUUAGAUGAUCGACUCGAGGCAUGCGUAGACGAACUAGACGUGCGGGAUACGAUAAUAACCAAAUGUUCCACCCUCCCUCCUCCACUUUCCUCCGCAUGAAGAUAACAUCACUCAGUGAAAUUCAAUGAUCCAACUUUUGUAAGGAUUGAGAAGUCGAAAUGUUUAUCGACAAAGGAGUCUUGGCAAUUUCUAGUAUUGGUUUUAAGUCGCUUCAUACCUUUGUUUGAUCAAUAACAAUUCACAAGGCCUUCAUAUGCAUUUCGCAUAAUAUAUAGCGACACCUGAAUUCCAUUUCAAAAAUAGGCUACAUUUGUGCACUCUCUUGGCCUCACACUUUUAAACAGGCUUCCUUCUUAAAAUUGGAUAGCUAGAAGUAUACUUAGAUAUAUAUUUUCCUCAUAUUGUAUUACAUGCUCGAAGAUCAUAGGGGGGUGCUACCCCCCCCCCCAAUAUUAGCUAUAACCCCCAAACAAAAUGUCCACUCUCCAAAAAUUUCAACCCCCCAAUAUUCGGCAUAGUCCACUCCAACGUGAAGAGUGUUGAUGAUACAAAAUAAAUGUAGGAGUACACUCAAACAGAAAAAGACAGUGCAAUACUCUGAAACUAAUUGCUCCUCGCUUGCAUGCACUGGUUUAUUGGACCAAUUGUAAAGUUUUGAAACUCUAUUAUCUCCCCUGAAUAGAGUUUGCAGUGCCUUGUCAUGCAAAUAGCUUGCUUGCAAGGAACGUUUGGAAAUUUUACGAACAUUAUUUUUAGCUUUUAAUUCUUUUAGGAAAUAGUCUUGCCUAGAUUUAAUCUUUACGUCGGAGUUGCAUCAUAAAUUGUACUCGGAUUCAAACGACACAAUGUCAAUGAUUUUAUAAAAGUAAAAGCAUAUUGUGUAUUGGCCUAUUGGGUUUACACUUUUACAGGUUCAUUUAACUCGAGUUUCAACAAACAAUCGGACAGGCCAAAUCCAUUGAUAUGACAACUUCAAAAAACGUUUUUUCGAAGCUAGAAAUCAUGAUUUUUUUCACAUUUUUCCAGGGAUACUCUAGACUCCCACUCGCGGCUCUAGUGCUCCACCCCUAGAAUAUAGACCUUACUGGGGUUUGGUGACACUUUGUGUUGCUUCAGUCACCUGCUCCCGGCUCAACCCCCUCUAAAAUUUCUGGCACCACCCCAGUAAAAAAUAUGAAAAUCCGUCUGUGUCGAAGAUGUUAGCUCAUUGUUUGAGCUACUCUGUAAAUUCGAGUUAAAAUCAAGUGUAUGAUAUAUAUGUAUGUAUGCGUAUGUAUGGUUUACCUUCGUGCGAUUAAUAUAUAUUUGUUUUCUGUUUCAAAUUUAGACCCUGGUGCUACGUUUGAAAGGUAUUGAAUUUUAAUUUAUGUUUCAUCUUUUAUAUAUCUUUAUUUACUAGCUUGUCAAUAACAUACAAAUGGACAAGUACACAAGAUACAAUAACUAGGUUAUUUUUAUGGAAGUCCUGUCACGAAGAUGGACUUUUUGAUGGGAAGAUUGGUCUUAGACUUGCUCCAAGUCCCUACUUCUCUUAUACACUCAGGACGGAUCUAGCCUCAUCUGCAAGGAGGGGUGCAGGUUUUCCAUGGAGUGGUGCAUACGAGAGCCUUACUGCUCACGGACUCUCCUCUGCAGUCUGUAACGCUUCUAUCCCGACAUUAUACCAGCUCACAAAUUAAUUAAAUUGUUCCAAGAAAUCGAAACGCGUAACGAAUCAUUAGAAGUUCCGCUCAUCGCUAUUCGAAAGGCAGAAAAUGUAUGGUCGGUCAAGCAGAUUUUUUUAGGAUGGUGCUGGACUUCUGUAGUGGGGUACUGGACACCCCCUGCACCCUCGCGCUAGAUGCGCCCCUGCAUGGAUCCAAUCUAGUUUGAAUGACAUUACGCGCGAAGGCGUAUGAGAAAUAGGGACUUGUAUACAUUGGAGUAAUCCCGCAAACAAUAAAAUCCCCAAUAGAUUUUCUGUUCAAAACUGAACAGAAUUGUUCUCUUCAGAGGUCUCGGAAGGAGCCUUUUCAUAUCCAUUCAGUAUUUUAUAUUUACAUUCUUAGGACCCGUAGUCCGUCUACAGUUAGUUUGUUGCCUGAUGACGUUACUGAUCAUCAUCCGAGAUUGGAAGAAAGUUUCACCAUACAUUUAGGUAAGUUGAUGUAAAAUCUGGUUUAUGGAUUUGACUCGAUUUAAUAUGUAAAAAAUAGGUACGCGACGCGUACAUGUAUCUGCGAAAAAAACUUGAUUCACAUUUUCAUAACUUAUCAUAAUAAAUAUAAUAGCAAAUAAGAUUUUAAAUUCAAACAUAGUACAAAUCUAACAAGGCUGUAGACAGCAUGGAGGGCAGCAGGGGCAACUCAACCCUCCCCCGCACGCGUGAUCUGGCGUGAUAGCCUGGCGAAAAUCGCGGACACGAAAAUCAUAGGGAUAGGUAUAGAGUGAUUCAUCUGGUAUAAUCUAUCAUCUGUGGUACGGUCACGGCACGUUUGCGAUAGCAUAUAUAUCUGCUUCGCAGAUACAACAAAAGGUUUGGGGCGUAAUCAUGGCAAUUUCACAUCAUUAAAAUAUCGCUUAGUCACCAUCGCAGCUUUAUCCCAAAAGGUUUAUCCAAACAUUUAUGUGAGAACAGGCUUGAACUCCUGAUAAAUUUUUCUUUAUUUUGCUUUUGGAGAAAUAAACACAUCAGCUAUAGUGAAUUAUAAGAACAUCAAUUCUCAAUACGAGUUCAUACAAAUGACUGCAUUUUCCAGGAGCGCAGAUGAAAUCGACGCAUAAUCUAAGGUUGAUGUGUGGUGACCUUCUUGAUCUAUGUCGCUAUAAACCAGCUAAACCAGGGUAUGAAAUUUAUGCUAUUAAUUUUCUGCAGUCUAAAGUUUCAUGUUGUCUGCACAUGCACUUUCUUUGGAGACACCAUUUGCCUCAUGACAAAUGUGAAAAUGGUCAAGAUAGUGCGUGUAAUUAUUCAUAUAUUGCAUGUAUUAAUAUUUAUGACUGUUGACAUUGCUUUCUAGUCUUCAAUAUUUGAGCGAGUGACUAGCCUGCGUUGCUAGUUUUCGAAAUGAAAAUACAUAUACUACCAACACUUGAAUUGUUUUGUUUUUCAUUUACCCAAGCUUUUACUCACUCAAAAUUUUGUUUACCCAACCCUUUUCUCUUCGGUGCCACCCCCGCCAUAAAUAAUGACCGGUCCCUAAAAUGAUCGAUCAGUUUGUGUGUUAUAAAUAAACACGUGUAUUAGUUGUAUUUAUAAGUAAAAGUUUUUUAAUACUGAAAUUAUACUUAGGCUCGGUGAUUACAAGCCUAUAUUUCUAACAGAAUCGACUUGGUUAAAUCAUUUUCAUACUUGGGAAUCACCUUCACCUCCAAUUUGAAGUGGCAUGACCAUGUCGAAAAAUAAACUCAGAAAGUUAACAAGCGUGGUGGACUUUUGAAACGCAUUAGAUCAUUUCUCCCACUGAAAGCUCGUUUAAUAUUCUGUAACAGUCUCGUAUUGCUUGUUUUCGAUUAUGCCGACCUGAUUUUGGGCGAUAAUGGCAACAUCACUGUCGUAGAAUAUUUGCAAAUCUUGCAGAACAAAGCAGCAAAAUUAAUUAUUGAUCAUCAACCAUCAUCCUCGGCCUCUAAUGCGUUACAGAUCUUAAACUGGAAAUCAUUAUUUUAUCGUAGAUUAUAUCAUCGGUGUUCAUGUGUUCAAAUGUUUAAAUAAUUUAACUGAUCAUGCAUGAUAUACAUUUUUCACAUAAUAGCGAUUAUCACGAAUAUAAUACUAGAUCUAAGAACAAAUUGAGACUACCUAAGGUGCGCAGAAACUGUGAAUGGUAAAUACAGAGUCUGUUAUCAAGCGAUUUCAGAUUGGAACAAUCUAGAUGACACGAUAAAAUGUUGUGAAACUCUAAAUAGUUUUAAGUCGUAUUUUUUUAAAUUUCGUUAAAUUUCUAAUUUUAAUAUAUAUAGAUAUUUAUAAUGUGUAAAUAUUAUUGCAUGUAUACUGAUAAGUCAUUUUAUAUUUCGAAUUUUUUUUGUAAAGCAUAAAUUUUGUUCAUGCAGGACCUGUCUGAAAAUCACGUUAUGUGAGUACAGUUUUCCUGACUAAUAAAUAUCUUUACUAAUAAAGAUAUUUACUAAUAUUCACUUAACCUUCGGCUCAGUGAAUAUAGGCUUGUAAUUAGCAACUCGCCUUCGGCGACUAAUUGUUAAAUAGUGUAUUGUUUUGAUUAUUUUGACAGAAAGCUGUAGAAUUCCCAUAACAAUCUCAAUUUAUAUAUGUUCAAUUAGGAGCAGUAUCUGGGCACAACCACAGAGAAUUCAAACUGCUAUGUCCUUGUAUUCUCAAUCGCUCUCUGGCUUGGUUUUGCUUGUCGACAAUAGAAUUAACUCCUAUACUGGGAUUAAAAAAGGUUUGUACUCAGUACUAUAUGCUAUAUUAAGGGAUUAUUAUUUAUUUUACUAUUAAUAUUUAAUGUUUCAUAAGCACUUUGAAGAUUUAAAAUACAGCAAUAAGUUUAUUGUAAGAACGAUUACGGGGGAGGGAGGCAUCAGAAGAGUGAAAUAGGAAUGGAAUGAAAUUGAUUGGUAUAUGAAUUAAUCAAGCCUGGUUUAAGAACAGUUUGUUCUUUUCUGUAGAGUUUGCGUCUAUAUGUCAACGAUCAACUGACUUUCAUUUCCCCGAUUUGGAUAAGCAGUUUUGUAUGAUUCAACAGAAUUUGGAAGAAAGGCAAAAAAAGAAACUUGCUGAGAAAAAAACUGACAAGGUUGCUGAGACAAAAACUGACGAAGCUUUUAAAACUUCAACCAUCGAAACUGGUGAGUCAUUGCCUUGAAAUAUUUCACAAUCUACAUUCACUGUAUUAUAAAGUGCGUAUGGUAAUGUAAUUUCCCUUUCUUCCCGAUUAAUUUUAGUCGGCACGGCCACAACCAUUUAACGGGAAGUUGUGUUUGUGACCGUGGAUUAUAGACAUGGAGGCGACGCCUGAGUGUCUAUAUUCACCAUAGACAACAAGGCUGAGUCUUUGGACUGAAUUUGGUCUAGUCCUAGUUCUGCCUAUCCACAGGCCCUACUGUACCAUGGGAAGGUCACACCAAAUUCAAAUAAAAAUGGUUUCAUAGUGGCGUACAUAUUUAUUUCUCUUCCAGGUAACUUUUACAUCACACGUCAUUCCAAUCUUUCUCAAGUCCAUGUUGUAUUUCAUCUUGUUGUUGAUGACUCGUUGAAGGAACCCACUCUCGGAGCGCGGAAUGCAAUCGUCAGUGGUUUACGCAAUGUCCUUCAUACAGCAUCACGUCAAAAUGUCCACACUAUAACACUUCCUGUCUUGUUGGCAGAGGAAAUGACGGAGGUUUGUAUAUAUAAAAUUUUAGACGUACCAGGAGCAGAUGCGAAAAAUGUAACUAUAGGUUCUCUGGUAGGAAUCGAACCUGCAGCCAUGCGGUUCCAGUCAAGCGCUCUAACCAACUGAGCUACAGCGGAGUACUGAGUCUAUGCAGUUGUCGAGAUCCAACCACAAGUUGUUAUAUAUAUACCUUAUAUAACUAAAAGAGCAAUAAAACUAAAACAAUUGUUGAUAUACAGCUAUUUCAGUUAAGGUUGUCCACGAGCAAAGCGAAAGAGUCGAAUACGAGCGCGAAAGGCUGCUGGGAAUCGUUAACAAAUUAAUGAAAAAAAUAGCUGUAUGUCAUGCAUGCCCAUUUCGAUGCCAUAUUGACAAAGAUAAAUGCAUUUAAGCAGGAGUAAAAGUAAACAUUUUUGCAACUGACGAAAUUAACUAAAAAUGGCUUAUUAAAUAUUAAUACAACAAAUAAGUUGUGUUGAGACGCAUUCGGAUACAUACGGUUUGAAUAACAAGCUUUCAUAAAUUUGGAAAAUUACUAUAAAAUACAUUGUACUGGACGUGCUUCUCCAACCCCUACCUCGACAAUUUCAUAGGGAUUUGGGUAAUGUGUUAAAGUCACAUAGUAGCUGUAUUUAACCAAAUGUGGUCAAACUUUGAAUACCUACUAAAUUGGAGGUUGUUCUUUUCAAUGAUUGGGUACAUUUUCUACUUUUGAAUACUCUAUCCCAGUCUCCUCAUCAACUUCAGAAUGGCUAAUGUUGCAACUGAGAUUAUUUUGAAUUUCAGGAUAUGACAGUCUCGUGGUGCACAAGGCGAGCGGAAUUGGUGUUAAAAUGUGUCAAAGGUGUGUAACAUGAAUGUUUCAGUGUUUGUAUAGAGGCUUAUAUAAGCCGAUGAAAGGUAAAAUAAAAAGAUAACCUCUCAAGAACUCUGGCAAUUCCUAGCUUGAAAGAGUUUAUAUUCCAGUAUACUAAACGGACAACGUUUUCAUUAUUUAUUUUUAAUAUAGAAAAAGCAGCUCAAAUCAGUCCAAUACUACUGUAGCCUCCUCCGGAGGGACAUACAUAUAUAUAUAUAUAUAUAUAUAUAUAUAUAUAUAUAUAUAUAUAUAUAUAUAUAUAUAUAUAUAUAUAUAUAUAUAUAUAUAUAUAUAUACCUAUAUAUAUAUAUAUAUAUAUAUAUAUAUAUAUAUAUAUAAAUAAAGAUAAAAUAAACCUGGUUUACUUCACAAGAUUUAUUCACUACAAACUUGUUUCGUAUGACAAGCAAUGCUUGCCACACUCAUCAGGUGAAUUUAAAUUCACCUGAUGAGUGUGGCAAGCAUUGCUUGUCAUACGAAACAAGUUUGUAGUGAAUAAAUCUUAUGAAGUAAACCAGGUUUAUUUUAUCUUUAUUAGCUCUAUACUUCGGUAUAUCGAGCACUCUACUCAUAUAUGAUUCUAAAUACAUAUUUGGUAUAUAUAUAUAUAUAUAUAUAUAUAUAUAUAUAUAUAUAUAUAUAUAUAUAUAUAUAUAUAUAUAUAUAUAUAUAUAUAUAUAUAUGCUCAUAUUAAACUGAACUAAACUCUCCUCUCUAUUAAGAUCCCUUGUCCUUUUUCGCUACAACGCCCCUUCUCUUAAACCCCCUUCUCCCUUUCAGGAGCUACCUCUCCUCCAUCGCCCUCCUCUCUGUUAAUAUUGCCCCUCCCUGUUCUUGAGUAAGACACCCCUCUCCAAUCUAUUAGGUAACUCGUACUUACUAGUCAUCUUCACCAGGCUGGCUUCAAAAAGAUUCAGAAUUCACCACUGACAAUGAUCACAUAAACAGGAAAGUUUCACUCUGGCUAGGAGAUAUAACACAGCUUGAAAUUGAUGCUAUUGUGAAUGCUGGUAGGUUUCCUAGCUACGUUUUCCAAAGGAAGACAAACCAGGAAACAUUGUUACGUUUCCUAAGCUUUGAACAAUUGGGUCUGAGAAAGUCAAUUUUGGUAAUAGGAAACAUAACUCAGAGCUUGAUGGUUUGAGAUUUGAUAAAUAAACUUUGGUCACAGAAUAGGAAAAUAGUCAAAUAUCACACAAAGUUUGAAAAUAGAAAAGAGAAUUUAUAACAAAGAGGCGCCUAUUAAAUCUGGACGGUAAAUGUUGCAAAAAGAUAGUGAUAAAAAUUGAAAUUGUCUACUAUACUAGCGUGCACAAAACCUUCUGACCCAUGUUUGCAGUUAGUUCCAGUCAUUUGCAUGCAGUUACCUUGAACCCCACCAUCUGACACCCGUGAUAAAAAGUGUUGUGAAGCCACAUUUAUUAUUUUAUAUUUCAGCGAAUGAAAGUCUUCUUGGAGGUGGUGGAGGUAGGUUGUGUUCCUCAGUGGCAUCUUGUAGACAGGUUUUGAUGGAAAUCUAUCUUGCUCACUUACACAACGUUACUUACUUAGUACUUACUAUUUAAUCGAUGGUCAUAUUCAUCAAGGUGCAGUCAGAAAAUUGAUUGGAUUGGAUUCUGGCAAUGCUCAAAUCACCACAGGUACAAUCAUUGAACUUAAUAUAACUGGAAUGCUACCUCCAACCGGAAAUUUGAAGCCAAACUUGAAGGCUAGUCCCAGUCUUUUCACGUAUGUGAAGAGCGCUCAAUCAAUCAAUCAUGACGUAAAUGAUGAAAAUUUAACCAUUGAGUACCAGCGCUCUCCACUUGAUGAGUAAAAUUGUCUGGCGUUAGACAGAGUAAAAUCUGUAAUAAAAUAAGGUGCAUUAUGGCGCAAUGCAAGUUAGGCCAUGGUCAAACGUCGAACUUUCCAUGUGCCGAACCUAAUGCAAAUGAAGUGAAACAAAGAACUUAGCUCAUUAACAUUAGGUUCGGCACAUGAAAAGUUCGACAUCAAACGAGGAGUUGAUGAGAGUUGGCAGUCACGCAUUGUUACAGCGAACAUUUCAAACUCUAGAUGAACAAAAUAAAGGUUUGAUGAGUGUUCCAACUAUGUUUUAACUUCAAUAAAAUACAUGAUAGUGUUGAGAAAGCAUUAAAGGUCCAGACACACCGGACGCGAUUCGACAACGCGACGCGAUUUUUCGAUUUUCACUGACCGAUAACUUUGGUUCUAAUUUAAAUUUUCCAAAUAUUUAGAAGCGCUAUAACAUUUGGAGUUAUUUGGUCUACGUAUCGUUCAAAACUUGCUCUCAUUGGCUGUUUUAUUAACUUUCAAAAACUAAAAAAUCGCGUCGCGUUGUCGAAUCGCGUCCGGUGUGUCUGGACCUCAAGAACAGCAACUCCCAUGGAGGUUAUGGAGGUAGGUUGUAUUCCUCAGUGGCAUCUUGUAGACAGGUUUCGAUGGGAAUCUACAUGUAUUUUGUUCUUCGUUGGCGCAAGUAGUAAUAUAGGUACCGUUCGGGCCUUAUUUUUGGGGCGGCGCGGGACGGCGUGGGGCGGCGCGGGGCGGGGCGGCGCGGGGCGGCGCGGGGCGGCGUGGGGCGGUUCAUCAACAUUAGCAUACGUCAUAAUUACAUGCAAUGACGUCACGCGGGUAGGAUCAGGCAAGUAAUGACGUCACGCGAGCCUGUUCGGGCGAAAUUGAACGAAACUUGCUGACUACGCAUUUUUUAGCGUCCUUCCACGUGUUUGUUACAAUGGAGGGAUUAAUGUUGGCUUACCAUGAUUGGUUGUUUGAUUUAACGAGCGUCUGUAUAAAAUCGACAAGCGUCCUGUAACAAACAUAGUUCUGCAUUUGACAACGCUCUUACUGGAGUUCUUUUGAGUAGCUGAUUUUGUUAAAUUUAUAUUCGGAGAGAAGUACUUGGAAGAGAAUGGCCCAGCAACAUCGAGAGAAUAUUUGGUAAGUUUAAUUUGAACUGAAAAUUAAUAUAAUAUCGAGAGUUUUGUGUAUGUAAUCGACUUCUAUAUUUUGUAGGAGAGAUCAAUUUAUGAGCGAACUGGAAAAUGACGAUGUCAAUCGCCAGCUUUGCGCCCUUGCUGCAGAUGAAAUGUUCGAGUCCUGGUCGUCGGAGACGCAGGAGCAGAUUUUGGCUGAAUGGAAUGAUUGGCGACGAGACGAAAACCCUGGACAUAGCUGUGAUGAAUGUGGCAAAACAUUUACACGAUCCAGGGACCUAAAGCGCCAUACAAAACGUGUACACACUGGAGAAAGAGCUUUUUCUUGCAACCAUUGUGACAAAUCCUUCGCUAGGAAAGAUAUGUUGAAACGUCACGAGAAAGUCCAUAGCAAGGAAAAAGUAUACGAAUGCCAUAGAUGCCACAAGAAAUUUGCUCGAAAGGUAUGUAGUACCGACAGUUUAUAUUCUAGCUGCGAUGUAUUUUAAACUAUUAUGUUUAUUUAUUAUUUUUCAAGGACAAACUGAAUGGGCAUAUGAAAAUGCACGAACGAAGAGGCGCCGAAAGGGAGUAUACUUGUAAUGAUUGUGGUGAGGUGUUUCGAAAUAUAUUCCCCUUACAAGCCCAUCAGCGUGAUGUCCAUCAGACUGGUGGUGGUAGACGUACUAAGACGCCGCACCGGCGAACGAAAAGGCAAAGAACUGAUGAACCAGGUAUGUAUAAAUGAAAAUAUUUUGAUUACAAACUUUGUAUUUAUACACAUAUAUUUUUUCUUUUAAGAACCGCCAUCAUCUUCGACACGCGUUAACGAAGGUAAGAGAGUAUAUAUGCUGUGUAAUAAUUUGGGUUAAAAUCACACUAAUACAUUUUUUCCCUUUUCAGGUGCUUCCACGUCUACAGUCGUCAGCGAAGGUAUGAAAUUCAUAUUUUUAUACCGUAUAUAGUAUAUUGAUUGUGGUGAUUUGAUGAAUAUAUGAACAAUAUUAAUUACUCGCAACCUCGGUUUUAAAACAUUGCCUGAAAUCCUAACGUUUACAUUUGAAAAAUAUUUUAAUGCUGUUUUCAUGUUGUUUCACUAAUGUUUGUGUUUUGAAAACCUGAUAAACAUAAUCGAGUAAUCUUUAAGCGUGGGUUUAUAGUGUGGAAUGUUCCUAAUUAUUCCUGUUAGACUUAUUUUCAUUUGAUUUAGAACUAUUAAUUUAUGUCAUUGUACGAGCAUUUACGCUACAUCUGUUUUAUAACAUUCGCUAGCGUUUUAUAGUGAGGAGAAAGACUUUGAAAUCCUAACGUUUACAUUCGAAAAAUAUUUUCAUGUUGUUUCACUGAUGUUUGUGUUUUGAAGACCUGAUAAAAAUAAUCGAGUAAUUUUCAUAGCGUGGGUUGAUUAUGUUGCUAUGUGAAAUUUGCAUGUUACUAAUUUAUUCAUGUUAGACUUAUGUCGAUUUUUUAUGAAUCGGGUGUUUGUAUGACAAAAUUAGUGCGAAGCUCUAGACAAAAAUAAAGAAUCGGGUGUUAUUUCUAUAGGACCCCAACCGUUCCCUCAAGAUCCCCUAUUACCCCCAUCUAACCUUCCUUCCCAACUCCACCGAGAUCAUUGGCGUGCUAUACGUACGCGACAGAGUCGAGACAACCGAGUGCAAGAUUGGUACAACUAUCGUCUAGGCUCAGCGAAUAUGGGUCAACUUGUUGAUGAUAUAGAGCGUAUAUUUGAAGAUCAAUCGACUGUCUUUAAGUUAAAUCUAUCUUUUGGUUUCGUAUUGUUUAACAACGAGACACAGCAAAUGCAAUACCACCACCCCUCAGCAAACAACAACCGUGUUUUCGACUCCCCAUUCCAGAUCCAUAAUCGCGAGGAUUUGGUCCAAGUGCGUACAGCGUUGGAAAACAUCGACAUUCAUGAAUGGGCUCGACAACAGCGUCUCAACUCCAAAUGGAUUGUCAUGGAUUUCACCAACGUUACCUUCUACGUCACCAAACUUCGAGACCAUCCCAUAGGUCGCAGUGUCCGGCUACCCAAAUACGUACUGGAUAAUCCUGCCAUUGUGUCGCUCGACUGUAGCAAGCAAACGGGACUACCAUACGAAGAUAAACUUUGUUUCUUCCGUUGUUUCGCCCUACACCGUGGUUGUCAUCCCCAUAACCUAGAACGUGAUACUCAACAUUUUUAUGAACAAUAUUCGGAAGAUGACGAUUUUGACGGUGUUACACUAGAGGAACUACCGGAACUGGAAAAGUUAUUCGAACUGAACAUUUUCGUGUAUCGCCUUACGGAGUUACAUGACGAGGACGAAGACAAGACCUCCAUUGUGGCUCAACUCAUACAGCGCUCCCACCGUAGAUAUGCCAAUUCGAUGUAUCUGAACCUCUACGGCAGCCAUUUCAGCUAUAUUAAGAAUUUGGCCAUGUAUUCCAAGUCCUACUGUUGUUCCAAGUGUGACAAAAUGUGGAAAACAGCGAGAGCCUUAAACCGACACGAGCGAACCUGUGAAGCAACUAUACGUCAUAUCUUCCCUGGCGGAGCCUAUAAAGUUCCACAAUCUAUCUUCGACUUGUUGGCCGAUGAAGGAAUCGAAAUCCCUGAAGACCUCAAGUACUUCCCUUAUCGCGCCACCUUCGACUUUGAAUGUUAUUUUAAACAUACAUCUAACCAUUCAAGAAACACCGAAAAGCUCACGUGGCAAGCCGAACAUAUUCCGCUGAGUGUCUCCGUAUGUUCGAACGUCCCUGGCUACACCGAACCCAAGUGCUUUGUUUCCUCUGGUGACACGAGUAAAAUGAUCCAAGAAUUCGUGGAAUAUUUGGUAAAAAUUAGUCAAGAAAGUUAUGUCUUGUUGUUGGAUCUGUUUGCGGAUGUGUUUCGUCAAAUUGAGGAACGAGUUAAUCAGGUAUAAUUCACACGUAUUAGUAUAUUUCAUAUCCUUAAUAUUAUUUCUUAUAUCUUUAGGCGAGUGAAAACGAGGAGGUAAAUGGUGAAAUCCCUAUUUUUUAUACUGUUGAACUUAUAUCAUAUUUCCUCUAUUUUAGCCAAAUUCAGAGGAGCAGCUGGUAGAAUGUCCGAUGGGGUUGGAUAACGAGGUAAACUAUAUAUUUGGUCUAUUAGAUGUUUAUAAUAUUUGUACUUAUUAUGUUGUAUAUUUUCAGGAAAGGGAAGUAAGUGAUGGCGAAGUGGUUGGGGACGAAGUGAAUGAGGACGAAGCAGAAAAAACCCACCCACUGGAAAAGUUGGUCGAGAAGUUGGAACUUUACUUGAUGGAACUCCCUGUGAUCGGUUUCAACUCGGGCAAGUACGAUAUAAAUGCUGCUAAGAACCCAUUCUUUUCUUACCUAGUGAAACACGAGCAAGUUAAGUUUGUGAUAAAGAGAAACAACAAUCAUAUGUGUCUUAAGACGCAACACUUAAAGUUUCUCGAUAUCACAAACUACUUGGCCCCCGGUUUCAGUUACGAACAGUUCCUCAAGGCUUACGAGUGUUCCCAGACAAAAGGCUACUUCCCUUACGAGUGGGUUGAUUCCCUUGGAAAGUUGAACAACCCAGCCCUACCACCACGCGAAACCUUCCAUUCCAAUCUGUCCGGAACCGAUAUCACCGAGGAACAAUACCGGUAUUGCGAGCGUGUAUGGAGGGAACAGAAUAUGACAACUUUCCGCGACUUUCUCGUGUGGUACAAUAACUUAGAUGUCGUACCUUUCCUCGAGGCUGUCCAGAAAAUGAGUAAUUUUUGGCAAGAAAGAAACAUUGACAUUUUCAAAGAUGGAGUAAGUGUGCCUGGCUUAACUAUGAAAUACUUGUUUUCAAACAUUCCAGGCACCUACUUCUCCUUGUUCAGCGACAAGGACAAGGAUAUGUACUAUACCAUGAAAGACAAUAACGUAGGGGGCCCAAGUAUUAUCUUUAACAGGUACCAUGAGAAAGGGAAAACAUCGAUACGGAAGGAAGAAAUGCGAGCCAAAGGAAAAGAAUCGAAACCCUGUAAAAAUGUGGUUGGAUACGAUGCCAAUGCACUGUACCUCUGGGCCAUCAUGCAGAAUAUGCCGACGGGGCAGUACACAAGACGGUUAGAGGAAGAUGGGUUCAAGAUAAGAUGGAGUGGAAAAAUGGCAAUAGAGUGGUUGGAGUGGGAAGCGUACCAGCGGAGAAUACAGAUCAGACACGAGUACAACAACACGGAGAAACGAAUUGGCGCUCGUCGUCUCCCCGUUGACGGUUUCCACGCUGAAUCACAAACGGUGUUUCAGUUUCAUGGUAAGUUGAAAUUAGUUAAGAUUAAUUAGCUAGGAUUAAGUUAAUUGUGUGGGAGUAAGUUAAUGAGUUUUUAGCGAUUGCGUGGGCUUGCAGGAUAAUUUAUUUUUCUUUUGUAGGUUUAACUGUAUUGUACUUUAUUCUACUAGGAUGUUAUUGGCAUGGCCACAACUGCCAACUUAACGAAGGUAAAGAAGUCAACGAGAAGCGUGAUAAGCCCAUGAAAGAACUCCUUGAAGAGACAAAAAGAAACAGUGCCUAUAUCACGAAGCAGGGAUUCAAUCUCGUUGAAUGUUGGGAAUGUGAGUGGCGAGAUAUGAAGAAACGAAACAGCGCGCUGCAACGAUUCAUCGCCACCCAUCUGCGUCGACCACUGGAUAAAGUGAAAACCAUGACCAAACAGUCCAUUAUCAACGCAGUGAAGAAUGAUAAACUAUUUGGAUGUGUGGAGUGUGAUAUCCACGUACCUGAGAGUUUGCGAGAAUACUUCAAAGAGAUGUGUCCCAUCUUCAAGAAUACCGAAAUACGUCGAGAAGACAUCGGUGAGUUCAUGAAGAGCUAUGCCGAAGAAAACAACAUCAUGCCCCGACCUCGGCGGAGUCUCAUUGGAAGUAUGAUCGGAAAGAAGAUAAUGUUGGCAACGCCUCUUCUAAAAUGGUAUUUAGAACAUGGUUUAGAGGUACGUUUUAAAUAUUAAAAACUUGUAAAAUUGCAGGAGAAAUUUUUUAACAAAUUGUAUUAUCGUUUUAGGUAACACACGUCUACCAGAUAGUCGAGUAUACCCCUAAGCCAUGCUUCAAACCUUUCGGUGACGCUGUAUCGGAUGCUCGUCGUGCUGGUGAUGCAGACCCCUCCAAAGCCAUCAUCGCGGACACGAUGAAAUUGGUCGGGAAUAGGUGAGUUUUAAAAUCACGCUGUUGUGACGUAUUCAAGAAAUACUCAUUUUUUGUAUUUCUAUACAGCUCAUACGGGAAGACCAUCACCAACAAAGAGCGUCAUCGCAAGGUGGAUUACUGCAACGAUGAUGAGGUUUCUGAAUUAAUCAACUCACCAUUCUACCGCCAAAUGAACGUGAUCGACGAUGACACCUACGAAGUGGAAAGUGCUAAGAAGAAAAUUAAGUUGGACUUACCACUACAGGUAUGUAUUGCAUGAUCAUUUUGUCAUUAGAAAUAUAAAUUAAUAAAUUAUUCUUAUUUUACAGGUGGGGUUCUUCGUGUACCAGUAUGCGAAACUCCGAAUGUUACAGUUUUACUACGACUGCUUAGAUACAUACCUUGACCGUUCCGAUUAUGAGUAUUGCGAGAUGGAUACAGACAGUGCCUAUAUCGCUAUUAGUGGUGAAAGUGUUGAAGAAUUGGUCAAGCCUGGUUUAAGAGAGGCGUUUGAGAACGAUAAAUGUAACUGGUUUCCUCGCUCCGAUACAACUGAACAUGCGAAAUACGACAGGAGAAAACCGGGAUUGUUUAAAGUGGAAUGGGAAGGGGAUGGAAUUGUAUCUUUAUGUAGUAAGACGUAUUAUUGUUUUGGGGAGAAAGAUAAAUAUAGUUGCAAGGGUGUAAAUAAGAAAAAUAAUGUAAUUAAUAAAGAUAAAUAUUUAGAUGUGCUUUUAAGUAAACGUAGUGGGUCGGGUGUAAAUAGGGGUUUUAGGGUUUUAAAUAAUACUAUGUGUACAUAUGUUCAAGUUAAAAACGCUUUUAGUUAUUUUUAUCCAAAACGUAAAGUUUUGGAGGACGGUGUGUCAACAAUUCCUUUAGAUAUUUAGUUUGUAAAUAGUCAAUAUAUAUUUUUCAAAAACAUGUUGUGUAUUUCUCUCUCCCCCUCUCCCAUGCAGAGUUUCAGGGACAAAAUAAGUCCCGCACGGGACAAGCAGUCCCGCAGGGACACUUUGAGCGUUUCCGGGACUUCCGGGACAAAAAAAGUCCCGUGCGGGACAUUUAUAUAAGAGAUGGGAGUCAG